AUGGGAAUGAUUGGCAUCUUUGGCGUAUUUACCAAUUUUAUCGUUGUUUUCCUUAUUUAUCGCACACCUUCAUUUCACAAUGCGUUCGGGUACAUUUGCGCUUCACAUUUACUAGCCGAUGUUGGAAUAUUGUCAGCGUUUCUAUUCUGGGCAACUCCUGCUUCUUUGAUGGGAUUCUCACAAUCACUUACGGAUUCGCUGGUUGGAAAGAGGGUAGGGCAAUUUUCAAUGCUGUUUUGGUAUGCUUCUAUGUAUGGUCAACUGCAGCUAGCAGUGAACCGUUUAUUAGCUAUCGUUACCCCUAUCCUUUAUGGGUGAGU